UGCACAGUCUCAGCAUGCUGCACGCCUUUGCUUCUCAAGCAAGCUGCAAGCACGAAUAAAGAGUCUGUGGUGCCGGUUACCCUGACUUUAUCUUCCCAGCUUCCCACUCUAUCUCCUGUCCUAUCCUCCAAAUAAAAGCAUCAAAUACCCUCAAAUAAUAUUUAAAAAACAUGAUGAGUCUGCCAAGUGCAGAAAAUGUUCUUCACUUCACUUUAACAGAAUAAUGAUGAAUGCCUUGAGGAUGAAAAUUGUGAUUAACACGCAAAACUAUAUUCACUAAAUCUCUCUACUCGUGAAGCCUCUCAGAUAUUUAAUGUGUUUAUAGUUUUAGAUGCCAACUACAUGGGAAACCAGUACCUUCUGAGGAGAUGCGAGUACGCCGACUACAUGAACAUGAUGGGAAUGUCCGACUGCAUCCGCUCCUGCCGUAUGAUCCCCAUGCACAGAGGAUCCUACAGGAUGAAGAUCUACGAGAGGGAGAACUUCGCCGGUCAGAUGAAGGAGCUGAGCGAGGACUGUGACAACAUCCAGGACCGCUACCGCAUGUCCGACUGCCAGUCCUGCAACGUGAGGGACGGCCACUGGCUGAUGUACGAGCAGCCCCACUUCAGAGGCAGGGUGAUCUACCUGAGGCCCGGCGAGUACAGGAGCCUGAGGGACGUCGGCUCCAGCAACAUGAGGGUCCAGAGCAUGAGGCGCAUCAUGGACACCUGUAACUAAGAUCAUUCUAAAAUAAAAAGUAACAGACUCCA